UUUCCAAAAAUCAUGUCUUGGUGAACCGAUGGUUCAACUUCCUGCUUUAGAAACAUCACCUGGUUUGGAGGGGAAAAAGAUCUUGAGCCUUAGAAAUAGCUCAAAAGAAGCCAUUAUUGAGCUUAUUCAAUCAAUUAUCACCUCCAAUCCAAAAGUUGAUGAGCCAUUCUUUGUCAUGGACUUGGGAGUCAUUGUAGAGCUCUUUAAGAAUUGGAACCACUCUUUGAAGAAUGUUCGGCCUUAUUAUGCCGUCAAAUGCAACCCAGACCCCGCUUUUCUCGGCACAAUGGCGGCACUUGGUGCCGGCUUCGACUGUGCCAGCCGUGGAGAGAUCGAAGCCGUGCUGGCCCUUGGUGUCACUGCUGACAGCAUCAUCUAUGCCAACCCAUGCAAACCAGAAUCACACAUCAAGCUCGCAGCUGAAGUUGGUGUCAAUCUCACCACCUUCGACUCCAUUCAUGAGCUGCCCAAGAUCAAGAAACACCAUCCAAAGUGUUCUCUGUUGCUUCGCCUCAAAGCACCCGAUGAUUCCGGGGCACGCAGACGACUAGGGACAAAGUACGGUGCAUUGCCGGAGGAGGUUGAGCCAUUACUCCGUGCUGCAAACGAAGCUGAGCUUACAGUGAUAGGGGUGUCUUUCCACGUAGGGAGUGGUGCCACUAACUCCGACACCUACCGAACAGCCAUUGCCUCAGCCAGGGCUGUGUUCGAUGUGGCAGACAAAGUUGGAGGAGCUCGUAUGCACAUGCUUGAUAUUGGAGGUGGAUUCUCGGCAGGGACUCAAUUUGAAGAAACAACCAAUGUCAUCAAAAUUGCUAUUGAAACAUACUUCUCUGAUAUACCUGAGCUUGAAGUAAUUGCUGAGCCUGGGAGAGUUUUCGCCGAGACAGCAUCGACUUUGGCUACAAACAUUGUUGGGAAGAGAGUGAGGGGCAAAGUGAGGGAGUAUUGGAUCAACGAUGGGAUCCAUGGUUCAUUUAGUUGCAUCAAGAAUGAUACUGCAACCGUGACAAUGAUGCCGUUGGCUUGUUAUUCGAGCUCCAAUAAUGUUCGGUGUGUAGGAAAAGUGAAAUAUUCAUCAACUAUUUUUGGUCCAACAUGUGAUUCUAUGGACACCAUUCGGAAGGAGGAGAUGCUGCCGGAGUUGGAGGUGGGGGAUUGGCUUGUGUCCCCUAACAUGGGUGCAUACACAAAAUCUAUGGGAUCUGACUUCAAUGGUUUCUUAACCUCGGGUAUUUGUGUUUAUCUUGGGUGCUCUGGUGGAUAUUAA